UCUCGCUCUAGGCCGAGUCACGUUUGACAUGAUUUGUUGGUGGCUGCAUGGCUGAAGUUCAUCACGGCUGGAGAAUAAGAUGCAGGAACGUAUUCUGUGAUUUUUGUCGUCACACAGGGUAUUGCCUCAGUAAACACACGGAACAAUGGUGAAGUAUUACUGCUGCGCAGGUUUGCUCAAAAGCACCUGGGACCAAGUGUGUGUUGCUUUUUGGCAACGCUACCCCAACCCUUACAGUAACCAUGUUUUGACGGAGGAUAUCAUUUUCCGGGAGGUCACCCCAACAAACUGCCUAAUUUCCCGACGUCUGUUGACCAAAACGAGCCGAGCACCUCGCUGGAUGGAGCGAUACCUUCCAAAGCAAAUGGCCAGCUCAGCGUACAUCAUCGAGGACUCUAUUGUGGACCCCAAGAGACGGACCAUGACCACACUGACAUGGAACAUCAGCCACGCUCGCCUCAUGUCGGUGGAGGAGCGAUGUGAGUACCGAAUUAACCCUGAGAAUGGCGGCUGGACAGAGAUUAAAAGAGAAGCUUGGAUCUCCUCCUGUGUGUACGGACUGACUAGAGCUGUUCAGGAAUUUGGCCUUGCAAGGUUCAAAACCAGUGUGACAAAGACCAUGAAGGGCUUUGAGUAUGUGCUGGCCAAAAUGCAAGGUGAGACUCCAUCAAGAACUUUGGCUGAAACUGCUACAGAGCGAGCGAGAGAGACGGCGCUGGCAGCUAAGGAGAAAGCCAAAGAUCUUGCCUCACAUGCCCAGAAGAAGCAAUACGUGUGAUGAGAAAUAUGCAUACAUCAUCAGUUAUUUACAACUGAUACUGGGACACGUUUAUCUUCACCCCCCUGACCGCUGGGGCUAAGACAAACUGGUCCCAGUAAUGGGGAGAUGCCUCUAUGAGGAAGCUUCCAACUUAAAUGGUGGGUGGACCAUAAAAGGCUUGAGCUGGUCUAAGAGCCUCUUUCAGUCUCCUUGUUUGCCUCAUGUUGAAUAUGUUUGACCUUUUCUACCAGAUCAUCUCAGUGUUUACCAGAGAUAGUGAUAGAGGAAGCAAUAGUUGAUUGUGGCUCCGGGUGCCAUAAAAUGAUCACAGCACUUUGCCAAGCUCGAUGCUUUCCACUCAGACCUUUGCUCAACCUCUGUGCCCAUCAGCGUUAGCUUUUUACUCUGUUCCUUUGAGUAUGUCGUGUUUUGUAAUAGCUUUGUAUUAUUACCAGCUGAAACUAGCAUACCACACGAUAUGUGAUUAAUCUUAAUCCAGGUGUACGAUUUACUCCGUUCUAUGUUUUGUUGCUUAAUGUAAAUUCACCCAACCACACCUUAAUAAUCCUACCAAGACUGAUUGCUUCAAGUUGAAGUGUAUUGACUGAAAAGGGGUCCUUAUUGUUGGCAGUCAGCUAUAAGAAGAACAUACUCAUUGAGCUCUUUUGAAUGGUGAUACAGUCUGGUCAUAAUGCAUUUAAGCAUCUUUUCCACACAUACAAUGACACCUUGUAUUGUACAAUUAUUGUAAGUCCAGUGAUACACCCAACAAGAAAUGUGCUCUUACUGAAUCAAAUAAAAGCAGCUUGUCAACAAA